AUGGAGCAAAUGUGCUCCAUGGCUCUAUCAGAGGAGCUCGGCUUCCUCCGUCCGCUUACAGUUGGACUUUUCAUCAUCCUCGUGAAGAAACCAAAGGCUGACACUGAACCUAAUCAGGAGAAGAAAAAGGUACCCGAAGCAGAAGCAGUAGCGAAAGAUGAACUUAGCGUGAGCUUGUUGAAUAUACGGGUUGGCCUUAUUCGGAAAGCUUGGAAACAUCCAUCUGCAGACAGUUUGCUGGUUGAGGAGAUUGAUAUUGGAGAAACUAAGGCGCGUCAAGUUGUCAGUGGUUUGGCAAAGUAUUGUAGUCCUGAUAGCUUGACGAAACGUGAAACCAAGAAAACUGAGAGAUGUUCUGUCGGAAGGACUGGAGAAGCCUCUGCUAGCCAAGCCAUUUCCCUCCCUGUCCCAGUUCCUGACUCUUUUUUCUACAGAGAGGACCUCCAAUCGAUCCCUCUCCAAGUCGACAACUUCAUCCUCAGCUUUAUCCUAGUUACGGAUCAGUUGAGUUUGCAGAGUAAGAGAAAGAAGAGGAAAGUCGUUGCUCUAACUUUCUGUAUUCAAAUGUGUACUAUAAUAAGGGGUUUGAUGGGAAUAAUGUUAGAAUUAGCUGCUCUAUAUGGUCCUAAACCAAGCAGUAGGUCGUACGAGUUAAAAUAUUAUAGGAAGAGGGAUCAUAUUAGGAGGCUUGUGUAUGCGGAUGACAUUACUUGUACUGAACAACUAAGAAUGGAUAGGAAUGCAUUUUUCAAAUUGUGUCAUAUGCUUCAAGAAAUUGGGGGUCUGAAAAAUACAAGAAAUAUGCAUGUUGAUGAACAAGUUGCAAUGUUUUUAUAUGUAUUGGCCCAUCAUUUUAAGAAUCGAGUCAUUAAACACCAGUUUAGUAGAUCGGGUGAAAUUGUAAGCCGAUAUUUCCACAAUGUUCUCAAAGCCACUUUACGUCUACAAGCUCAUUUGUAUAAGAAGCCCCAACCAAUAGCUGGUAAUUCAGAGGACCAACGAUGGAAGUGGUUUAAGAAUUGUCUAGGUGCUCUAGACGGGACGUAUAUCAAAAUCAGAGUGCCCGAGGUUGAUAAGCCUAGAUACAGAACUCGUAAAGGUGACAUAGCAACCAAUGUGUUAGGAGUUUGUACUCCAGAUAUGCAAUUCGCAUAUGUCCUUCCUGGAUAGGAGGGUUCUGUAGCUGAUAGGAAGGUAUUACGGGAUGCUAUUUCUAGGGAACGUGGACUUAGGGUGCCAACUGGUUGUUAUUAUCUCGUUGAUGCUGGUUAUACAAACUGUGAGGGCUUUUUGGCACCCUUUAGAGGUCAAAGGUAUCACCUCAAUGAGUGGCGUCAAGGACAUUGACCGAGAAAUGAUGAGGAGCUUUUCAAUUUGAGACAUGCCUCUACUCGUAAUGUUAUUGAAAAGUGUUUCGGCUUGCUUAAGAUUCGAUGGGCGAUUCUUAGAAGUUCGUCAUUUUAUCCUGUUAGGGUUCACAAUAGAAUUAUAAUUGCUUGUUGCCUAUUACAUAAUUUCAUUAGGAGAGAGAUGGCUUUUGAUCCUAUGGAAGACCAACUGAAUGAAAUGGAUGUUGACAACCCUAAUAAGGAUGAUGAUCAUAUUUCUGAUAUUCAAACAUCAAAUGUUUGGAGUAAUUGGAGGAAAGAGUUGGCAACUGAGAUGUUUAAUGAAUGGAACUCAUCCACUACUUAAAUAGAUGUUGUGAUUGGGAAUUGUAAUGUAAACUUUGAGUUGUUUUUUCAUCAACUACUUAGAUAGAUUUGCUUGGUAUUGUAAGUUGUAUUGUCAUUGCUUUCUGAAGACAAUGUUAUGAAUCUAUUUCAAUGCACUUUCGGUUUGAUUUUCUGAAAGUCUUAUGUGCCAUAUUAUAUGUAGAUAUGUAUCCUUUUUGCAUAUAUUCGGUUAAAUACAUGUUCUUAUUGCCAUUUCAUAUAUGUGUUAUUGGUAUAGAAAAUGGAAGGUAAUUUUGCUUCUGUUACU